GCCUCCGAGCGCCGGGCGCGGUGGCGCGCGCCUGUAGUCCCAGCUACUCGGGAGGCUGAGGCAGGAGGAUCGCUUGAGCCCAGGAGUUCUGGGCUGCCGUGCGCUAUGCCGAUCGGGUGUCCGCACUAAGUUCGGCAUCAAUAUGGUGACCUCCCGGGAGCGGGGGACCACCAGGUUGCCUAAGGAGGGGUGAACCGGCCCAGGUCGGAAACGGAGCAGGUCAAAACUCCCGUGCUGAUCAGUAGUGGGAUCGCGCCUGUGAAUAGCCACUGCACUCCAGCCUGGGCAACAUAGCGAGACCCCGUCUCUUUUGCGUCCUCGUCACCACAGAAAGGGCGGUGUGUCGUUCCCCUACACCGUCGGCCCCCCGGGCGGGCGGUCUUCUCGUGUUUUAACUUCCUUCACCAGUAUCUACGAACAACUGAACGUGCAGGUUGCCGGGCGUCCAUGGAGCCCCUCCUGUACACGGGGCACUGCGCGGAGCCGAGGGGACACCGGGCGAGGUGGGACGAGACCCCACGUCCGCCCGAAGGCUCCGGGGACGGCCCGUCGGGACGGGAACGCCUCUGGGGGCUGGUCCGCCUCGACGGCUGAGGGUAACGCGGGGCCACGGAAACAGCUCCGCUCGGGACAUCUCACAAGCCUACACGUCAAGUCCCGAACGGGAAGGGGUGAUCGCCGGCGUCCCCAGGCCCCGCCGACCCGCCGGGACAGCCCUCACGUGCUCGCGAACCACUAGACCGGCAGGGGGCACCACGGAGGCGGCCGGAGGCCCGAGCUCCCGGGGGCAAGGUCAUCCGACUAGUCCGUCAGCUUUCCAAGAAGGAAUGCAGUUCCACGAGGACAGGUUGGGUCUAUUUCGAAUUAUUCUGGUACAACGAAAAGCCAGUCGACGGCAACUCGACCGCCGGGGGGGACUCUACCGCAAAGUGACGCAAACACGUUCGCCUCAAGGAGUAUUGGGCCCUCUGGGCGGCCGUAGAGCUCCGCCAAGUGCGCCUGCGCACAGGAGCGACGGCGUUGAGUCAGGCCGGCGGUGGGGAGGUUGCGGCGGCGACCCCCGGAUCUCGCCAUGAAGACCCGCUUCAGCACGGUGGACCUCCGCGCCGUGCUGGCGGAGCUGAACGCCAGCUUGCUAGGAAUGAGAGUAAACAAUGUUUAUGAUGUGGAUAAUAAGACAUAUCUUAUUCGUCUGCAAAAACCAGAUUUUAAAGCUACACUUUUACUUGAAUCUGGCAUACGAAUUCACACAACAGAAUUUGAGUGGCCUAAGAAUAUGAUGCCGUCUAGUUUUGCCAUGAAGUGCCGAAAACAUUUGAAGAGUCGGAGACUAGUCAGUGCAAAACAGCUUGGUGUGGAUAGAAUUGUAGAUUUUCAAUUUGGAAGUGAUGAAGCUGCUUAUCACUUAAUCAUUGAGCUCUACGAUAGGGGGAACAUUGUUCUUACAGAUUAUGAGUAUCUAAUUUUAAAUAUCCUAAGAUUUCGAACUGAUGAGUCAGACGAUGUUAAAUUCGCUGUUCGUGAACGCUAUCCAGUUGGUCAUGCUAGAGCUGCUGAGCCUUUGCUUACCUUGGAAAGAUUGACUGAAAUAAUAGCCAGUGCACCUACGGGCGAACUUCUGAAGAGAGUUCUUAACCCGUUACUUCCCUAUGGACCAGCUCUCAUUGAACACUGUCUUAUAGAAAAUGGAUUCUCUGGCAAUGUCAAAGUGGAUGAAAAAUUUGAAAGCAAAGAUAUUGAAAAAAUACUGGUUUGUCUUCAGAAAGCAGAAGACUAUAUGAAAACAACAUCCAACUUCAGUGGAAAGGGGUAUAUCAUUCAGAAAAGAGAAAUAAAACCAAGCCUGGAAGUGGAUAAACCGACUGAAGACAUACUCACGUAUGAGGAAUUUCAUCCGUUCUUGUUUUCUCAACAUUCACAAUGUCCAUAUAUAGAAUUUGAAUCAUUUGACAAGGCUGUGGAUGAAUUUUAUUCCAAGAUAGAAGGUCAGAAAAUAGAUUUAAAAGCUUUGCAACAGGAAAAACAAGCAUUGAAGAAACUAGAUAAUGUCCGAAAGGAUCAUGAAAACAGAUUAGAAGCUCUUCAACAGGCUCAGGAAAUAGACAAACUUAAAGGAGAGCUCAUAGAAAUGAACCUACAGAUAGUUGACAGAGCCAUUCAGGUUGUUAGAAGUGCUUUAGCCAACCAGAUAGAUUGGACAGAAAUCGGGUUAAUUGUGAAAGAAGCCCAAGCUCAAGGAGACCCUGUUGCAAAUGCAAUCAAAGAAUUAAAACUACAAACAAAUCAUGUUACAAUGCUGCUAAGAAAUCCAUACUUAUUAUCAGAGGAGGAAGAUGACGAUAUUGAUGGUGAUAUCAGUGUUGAGAAAAAUGAAACUGAACCACCAAGAGGAAAAAAGAAAAAGCAAAAGAAUAAACAGCUGCAGAAACCUCAGAAAAAUAGACCAUUACUUGUUGAUGUUGACCUCAGCUUGUCAGCAUACGCCAAUGCCAAAAAGUAUUAUGAUCACAAGAGAUACGCUGCUAAGAAAACACAAAAGACUGUUGAAGCUGCUGAGAAGGCAUUCAAAUCAGCAGAAAAGAAAACAAAACAAACCUUAAAAGAAGUCCAAACAGUUACCUCUAUUCAAAAAGCAAGGAAAGUGUACUGGUUUGAGAAAUUUCUGUGGUUCAUUAGCUCAGAGAACUAUCUAAUUAUAGGUGGACGAGAUCAGCAACAGAAUGAAAUAAUUGUGAAAAGAUACUUGACAUCAGGGGACAUUUAUGUACAUGCUGAUCUUCAUGGGGCUACUAGCUGUGUAAUUAAGAAUCCAACAGGAGAGCCAAUCCCUCCUCGGACCUUGACUGAAGCUGGCACAAUGGCCCUUUGUUACAGUGCUGCUUGGGACGCUCGAGUAAUCACUAGUGCUUGGUGGGUGUACCAUCAUCAGGUGUCUAAAACAGCACCAACUGGAGAAUAUUUGACAACAGGAAGCUUCAUGAUAAGAGGAAAAAAGAAUUUCCUUCCUCCUUCAUAUCUAAUGAUGGGGUUUAGCUUCCUCUUCAAGGUAGAUGAGUCUUGUGUUUGGAGACAUCGGGGUGAACGAAAAGUCAGAGUGCAGGAUGAAGACAUGGAGACACUGGCGAGCUGCACAAGUGACCUCAUCUCAGAAGAAAUGGAACCACUAGAUGGAGGUGACAGUAGUGGUGAAGACGAUAAAGAGGAAUUACAGGAAACUCCUGUGCAAGUGGAAGUCGUGACUCAGGGUGACCAAGAGGAUAUUGUUGUUCAGAGUGGUGGAGAUGAGCUAAAUGAAGAACUGAUUCAGGAAGAAAGCUCUGAAGAUGAAGGAGAAUCUGAAGAGGUGGUGAAAGAUCAGGACCCUGUGGGUGAGAUGAGGGAUGACGGGGGAGACACCUUCAGUUACCCUGAUACCACCAUUGACUUGUCCCACCUGCAGUCUCAAAGGUCCCUCCAGAAAUUGGCUUCAAAAGACGAACCUUCUAAUAUGAGUGACAGUAAAUUACAGAGCCGGAGACAUUUGUCAGCCAAGGAAAGAAGGGAAAUGAAGAAGAAAAAGCUUCCAAGUGACUCAGGGGAUUUAGAAGUGACAGAGGGAAAAGACAAAGAAAAAGAAAAUGCCCUACAGAUUGAAACUCAUCAGAACACAAGCAAAAAUGUCCCAGCUGUGCAGCCAAUGAAGCGAGGACAAAAGAGUAAAAUGAAAAAAAUGAAGGAAAAAUACAAAGACCAAGAUGAAGAAGAACGUGAACUCAUCAUGAAAUUGCUGGGGUCUGCAGGUUCAAACAAAGAAGAAAAAGGGAAGAAGGGGAAGAAGGGAAAAACAAAGGAUGAACCGGUGAAGAAACAGCCCCAGAAACCUAGAGGUGGACCAAGGGUUUCAGACAGCAUAAAAAAAGAAACUCCAUCCCUUGAGGUUGUAACUCAUGAGUUACAAGACUUGGCUGUAGAAGAUUCACAUGAUGACAAGGAAGAGCAAGACCUGGAUCAGCAGGGAAAUGAGGAAAAUCUGUUUGACUCUCUGACAGGGCAGCCACAUCCUGAAGAUGUACUACUGUUUGCCAUUCCGAUAUGUGCCCCUUACACCACCAUGACGAACUAUAAAUAUAAAGUGAAACUUACCCCUGGAGUUCAGAAAAAGGGAAAAGCUGCAAAAACAGCCUUGAACAGUUUCAUGCAUUCCAAAGAAGCAACAGCAAGAGAAAAAGACUUAUUCCGCAGCGUAAAGGACACGGAUUUAUCAAGAAACAUUCCCGGCAAAGUGAAAGUGUCUGCACCCAAUCUUCUGAAUGUAAAAAGGAAAUAGCUGGAAUGCAACACUAAAAUAUUUGAGAAGAGUCAAUUUUAUAGCCUUUUGGAAGUUCAGAGACGAAAACACCAUGUAACAAGACUUCCAUAUUUAAAAAUGAACUAAACAUUGCCUUGCUAUAUUCGCCAAAAGGACUUAUUCCUGUUCUUUUUCCCAGUUUUAUAGAGAGGAAACACUGCCUAUGAUGGGAUUUCCUAAAAUAUUUGUGGACAGUUAAAUGCUAAUUGUAUACAUCUGUAGUUAUUCUCCUACAUUUUCUUGCAAUUUGGGAGGUUAAUGUUAAGUAUUCAUUUCAGGUUGUAAAGAAACAGACCGGUGAAGUGUCUCCAUUGCUUAGACUACUGACUUGGGGGUCUACUGUCUAUACCAUCUAAUAUAUCUGUUACUUGCAGGCCAAUCACAGUUUGUUUUUUUCUUGGUGGGGGUGGGGGUUGGGGG